AUGGAGAAACUGUUGAUCUCAGUUUUCCUGUUUGGAACUUGUUGGGCAGCACCACAAGAUCUGUCGGGCAAAGUGUUCGUCUUUCCCAAAGAGACAGAUCGUGCUCAUGUGAAACUUCUGACCACCAAAACUAAUAUUGAGUCUGCAACCGUCUGUCUCAGGUUCUUAACAGACCUCACCAGGAGUUACGGGCUCUUCUCGUUGGCCACAGUCGCGCAGAGCAAUGGCUUUCUGCUGUUCAAGCCAGGUGACGUGGAAACCAUCGAGUUGGCUGUCAGCGGCACGAGUAUAUACUUCCGAUCACUGUCCUUCCCUCAGAAUAAUUGGCACAACAUCUGUGCAACCUGGAGCAGCAACGGGAUAGCUCAGGUGUGGGUGGAUGGCAAACCCAGUGUCAAGAGAUACGUAGACAACGUCUCUCUGGUUGGACCGCCCAUCACCAUUCUGGGUCAGGAACAGGACAGCUACGGCGGGGAUUUUGAUCAGAAGCAGUCUUUUAUCGGCAUGAUCUCCGACGUCCACAUGUGGAACCACGUUGUUCAGGCUUCUGACAUCAAACGCUACGCUGCUGGGAAGAGCUUCACACCGGGGAACGUGUUCAACUGGAAAGCUCUGGAUUUUGAAAUUGAAGGGAUGAUCUUAGUAGAAGAUGAGACUGAAGUCAUGUGA